AUGAAGUCCUUAAUUCCCCCCAACAACCCAACAGGGAAAAGGAGAACUAUCAACAAGGAAACCGACCUGCAAAGAAUACCAUCUGUAGACGACAGAGUAAGAGAAAUAUGGCCAAGAGAGCAAUAUCAGCAGACGCCUAUGAAUACCCCAUCCACCUCAUCAGCGAGGUCAAGAGUAAGUCAAGGCCCUAGAAGGGAGGAUUCUAGCUCUCGACAAACGUCGCAUCCCUAUAAGCAGAGAGAUAUAGUAUAG